CAUCACUGGUUUUGCACUUCACCAACCAAAAGCAGUUUCAUCACUUUCCUUAUAUAGCUACACACUAAUGUGAAUUCAGUCGCUUUGUCUGUUAUAACAACCAACACGUUUCAUACCAAAAUUCGUUUUCUGAAUUGUCAGGGUUUACUUUAGCGUUAGAAAUGGGGAGAGGAAAGAUCGUGAUAAGGAGGAUUGAUAAUUCGACGAGCAGGCAAGUUACGUUUUCGAAGAGAAGAAACGGUUUGUUGAAGAAGGCGAAGGAACUUGCAAUUUUGUGCGAUGCUGAAGUAGGAAUUAUAAUUUUCUCAAGCACUGGAAAACUCUAUGAUUUCGCUAGCACCAGCAUGAGAUCAGUAAUUGAUCGAUUCAACAAAUCAAAAGAGGAAAGUAAUCAACUUGGGAAUGCAGCCUCAGAAAUUAAGUUUUGGCAAAGGGAGGCAGCAAUGUUAAGGCAACAAUUGCAUAAUUUGCAAGAAAGUCACCGGCAAAUAAUGGGUGAAGAAUUAUCAGGUUUAACAGUCAAAGAAUUAAGAAGUUUAGAGAACCAAUUGGAAAUCAGCCUUCGUGGUGUUCGUAUGAAAAAGGACCAACUUUUAACAAAUGAAAUACAAGAACUAAAUCGAAAGGUAAGUCCUGAAAUGGAGAAAUUGAGAACUUAUUCAUUAUUUAAAACAUAUUUUUAUAUUCUGCAGGGAGACAUCAUACAACAAGAAAAUGAGGAACUGUAUAAGAAGGUCUAUGGAACAAAACAUGAGAAUGGAAUAAACAGAAAUUCUGUUUUCACGGUAAGUUUAGACAUAGAAGACAAUUUGCAUGUGCCUGUGAAUCUCCAGCUCAGCCAACCACAACAAUAACAUUACCAGAAACCUUCAGCAGACUACAACUGCUUUGAUGCAUUUGCAGGAAAUCAGUGUUCCUCACCAGCUAUCAAGAAAAAUGGACCCGGAUUUUAAUUUAGUAUAUAAAUAUGGAAUAUAGUACACAAACCAUUUCCCUCAAUAGAUUUUCAUUUGAAGUUAUGAACAAAAAAAAGAAACAAACAACCCUAGCAUGUAUGUGAUGAACAAUGAAGCAACUUGUGUGGAGGUGAGACUCAACUAAGAAAUUCUACAAAUUUAAUAGAUGUGUAAUCCAUUUUACUUGUUGUGUUAAAAAUUAUAUCUGCAAAAGAAAUAAGUGAGCAUUAUUAUGCCAAAUUAGUAUUUGUAAUUGUAAGCAAACUACCAAUAAACAAGCAUAUAUGUGACUUCUAUGA